AUGAAGUUCUCUCUCGUCGCUGUCGGCUUCGCUGCCUUCGCCGCCGCCGCUCCCCUGGCCGCCCGCCAGAACAACGUCUUCUCCACCCAGACCUUCAACGACCUCUCCAUCAGCGGCGGCACCGCCGGUACCGCCAAGCAGGAGGCUCUCGACAAGCUCUCCGGUCUCCCCACCGACCUGAGCACCGUCAGCAAGGCCGAUCUGGACUUCCUCAACAGCGUCAACCAGAUCGCCAACGACGCCGAGAAGGAGGCGUUCAACCCUGCCAUUGAGGCCGCCACCGGCGAGGAGGCCGAUGCUCUCCAGCGCGGCAAGAUCAAGAACAAGGUCCUCAAGCUCACCGCCACCAUGCUGAAGCUGCAGGCUCAGCAGGCCCAGGGCGAGGACGUCGCCGACAAGAUGGCCACCGAGCAGAAAAAGCUCGACAACAACAUCAAGCAGGACGAGGAUGAGGCUGGCAACGCCUCCACCGCCCUCGACUUCGACGCCUCCACCGCAUAA